AUGUUUCUAAGAUCUGCCUGGAGAUCCGUCACUUCCUUUGCUUCUGUUGCUAUUAUUACCCCCAUAAAUACCCCCGUUUGGAAUUCCCUGCGUUUUGUCAAAAUGGCUUCUGCUCCAGUGGCUCGACCGCCCAUCAAAAACUACCACCACUCAACGCGAACUGAGCGCUUCUUGCCGCCCGUGGAUCGCACAAUGACUGUCCUUGACAAGUCCUUUUUCCACAAAGAGAUCCCACUCGUUGCUAUCAAACUCGAGAAUCCUGCUUUUAUUUCUAACUUUGCUCGCUCAUACGAGCGAUUCAUUUUGAAGCAGCACGGAGUUGGCCAUGUCGUGUUUUUAGGCUCAGAAGAAAAUUCUGGCGCUAAAGGCAUAUUGCUUGCCGAGCAAUACACAGACGCAGCCGAGGCCGAAAAACAACUUGUGCCAGAGUUUUCUGAGAUUCUUAAACAAACUCCAAUCGCUUUUGUUCCCUACAGACUCCAGCUGACGUACGAUUUUUGGAAGGCCGAAGAGAUUCUUGCAGCCAUUCUCCCUGAAUCACUCCUGGAAGAAAUACCCGUUGGAUUUACAAUUGUCGGACAUGUUGCUCAUCUUAACAUCCGUGAUCAAUACCUUCCUUACAAAUUUAUCAUUGGCCAAGUGGUUCUUGACAAGAACCCGCGUGUGCGCACUGUUGUCAACAAACUCGACGCUAUUGACACGGUUUUCCGUACGUUCGAUAUGGAAGUGUUGGCUGGCGAACGCGAUUUUAUGGUCGAGCAGAGCGAGUCAAACUGCCGCUUUCGUUUUGAUUUCUCCAAAGUUUACUGGAACUCACGGCUACAUACCGAGCACGAUCGACUUAUCCGCAAGUUUCGCAAAGGUGAGGCCGUGUGUGACGUUUUCGCAGGUGUUGGACCAUUUGCUGUUCCGGCAGGCAAAAAACACGUCUUGGCCUUUGCCAGUGAUCUUAAUCCGGAGAGUUACAAGUACCUAGUUUCCAAUAUUGAGCUCAACAAGGUUGGAGCAUUCGUCAAGCCAUUCUGCGAAGACGCACGCACAUUUAUCCGUGAUGGUGUUACUGCUCUUCUUGACUUUGAAAAGGAAACCCCCACAAUAACUAUUCCUCCGAAGGGCCGUGUGUCGCGUUCCAAACCCGAGAAGAAUAACCAACCUGAGGUUAUUAAGGUCCCUAGACAUUAUUCCCAUUAUGUCAUGAACUUGCCUGAUACUGCUACUGAGUUCCUUGAUAGCUUCAUUGGUCUCUACAAUAACGAAGAAAUCAGACAACACGCGUUUGGUUCGACCGAAGCAGACGCUGUCAUCCUGCCAACCAUCCACGUCCACUGCUUUCACAAGCACGAUCCACAUGUGCCAGAGCCUAGCGAGGCAGAGGUCUUUGAAGAUUUGCGAGCACGCGUAAGCACCAAAUUGAAUCACGAAAUGAAAGCUGAUGAGCUUGACAUUCACAGCGUUCGCAAGGUCGCCCCCACCAAAACCAUGUACUGCAUUUCUUUUAAGCUGCCACUAGAAGUAGCUCUCACUAAACCCGCUGAUAUAGAAUAG